CGCUUCCCUCUGUGCGUAAGAUCCGGCCUGGGGGAAAGGGAUGAAUGUUAAUUUCAAAGAUGGCGGCGGAGGGAGGAGGGAAGGAGAUGAACGAAAUUAAAACUCAGUUCACUACUCGGGAAGGUGUCUACAAACUCCUCACUCACUCCGAAUACAGCCGUCCCAACCGGGUGCCUUUCAACUCGCAAGGCUCCAACCCCGUCAAAGUCUCCUUCGUAAACGUCAACGACCAGUCGGGCAACGGCGACCGGAUCUGUUUCAAUGUGGGCCGUGAGCUCUACUUCUACAUCUACAAAGGCGUUAGAAAGGCUGCAGAUUUGAGCAAGCCAAUAGACAAGCGCAUUUACAAGGGGACGCAGCCCACGUGCCAUGAUUUCAACCACCUCACAGCGACGGCAGAGAGUGUGUCCUUGCUGGUGGGUUUCUCAGCAGGACAGGUGCAGCUCAUUGACCCCAUCAAGAAGGAGACCAGCAAACUUUUCAAUGAGGAGAGAUUGAUAGACAAGUCUAGAGUGACUUGUGUAAAAUGGGUGCCAGGCUCUGAGAGUCUGUUUCUGGUCUCUCAUGCCAGUGGGAAUAUGUACCUGUACAAUGUGGAGCAUACCUGUGGCACCACAGCACCACACUACCAGCUGCUCAAACAGGGGGAGAACUACUCUGUGCACACUUGCAAGAGUAAGUCCACACGGAACCCUCUCCUCAAAUGGACAGUAGGCGAGGGGGCUUUGAAUGAGUUUGCCUUCUCUCCAGAUGGGAAGUUCCUUGCCUGUGUAAGCCAAGAUGGCUUCCUGCGGGUGUUCAACUUUGAUGCUGUUGAGCUGCAUGGCACCAUGAAGAGUUACUUUGGUGGCUUGUUGUGCGUUUGCUGGAGUCCUGACGGAAAGUACAUAGUCGCUGGUGGGGAGGAUGAUCUGGUGACUGUGUGGUCAUUCUUGGACUGCAGAGUAAUAGCCCGUGGUCAUGGCCACAAGUCAUGGGUGAGUGUGGUGGCAUUUGACCAUUACACUACCAGUGUGGAGGAGAGUGACCCUAUGGAGUUUAGUGGCAGCGAUGAGGACUUCCAGGAUCAGAUGAUCCACUUUGGACGAGACCGUGCCAACAGUACUCAGUCUCGACUUUCAAAGCGCAACUCAACAGACAGUCGGCCUGUCAGUGUAACGUACCGGUUUGGCUCAGUGGGCCAGGACACUCAGCUGUGCCUAUGGGACCUCACUGAGGAUAUCCUUUUUCCCCAUCUUCCACUCUCACGGACACGGACACAUACUAAUGUGAUGAAUGCUACUAGCCCUCCUUCGGGUGCUACAGUAAUCACUAACACCUCGAGUAACACUACUAAUGGAAACAACAGUGGUGCCAAUACUCCUGGCAUAAACUCCCUUUCUACUACAUUACCACGCUCCAACAGCCUGCCCCAUUCGGCUGGCACUACAACAGCAAAUAGCACCAACAAGGCUGGUGGUGGUGGAAUCGGCAGUGGUAUAAUGGACAGUGCCAUCGCUACAGGUGUGAGUAAGUUUGCCACACUUUCACUCCACGAUCGGAAGGAGCGCCACCACGAGAAGGACCACAAACGCAACCACAGCAUGGGUCACAUCAGCAGCAAGAGCAGCGACAAGCUCAACCUCCUGACAAAAACCAAAACAGACCCUGCUAAGACUCUGGGAACUCUGCUGUGCCCACGCAUGGAGGAUGUGCCCCUCCUUGAGCCUCUCAUCUGUAAAAAAAUAGCACACGAGAGACUUACUGUACUCAUAUUUUUAGAGGACUGUUUAGUGACUGCUUGUCAGGAGGGAUUUAUUUGCACAUGGGCGAGGCCAGGCAAAGUGGUAAGUUCUUUUUAACACAUGAAAUGUGGGGGAAAUUGAAGGGAUAAUAUUGCAUAUGUCAGUCUUUAGAAAGACAUCCUCUGAAGGAUCCAGUAAACUCUUGACAUUUGCAGUAGCAUUUUCAACUUUUUAUAUUUCUGUUGUCUCUCGUCAAGCAGCCAAAUGACAAAUUUAACCUGUACUCCAACUUAUUGUGUACUUUUCCUGAGUUUCAGACACAGUAUAACAUAAACUACAACAAUGUAGUUCAUGGUUCUAUGAUUAAUUCAGACAGACAACCUGUAUCUAUAGGCAAACAAAGACAUUUAUUCAUAAGAAAUGUGCUCACUGGAUCAUAAUUGUCCCACCGUGCAUAGCCAAAAGUCAUCUGCAUGCAAAUUUAAGGUAGGUCUCUGGUUGCCAUCUUUGUUUUGGAUACAGUUUUAGUUGUCAAAAUUCUCAGCUUUUUCUUAAAAGGAAAUCUUUGAAACUUUGCAUCUCCUCUGUUCUAUUUAUUUUCUGCUUCCGGCGCAAAAACCAGUGAUCAGAACACACAGCUCCUCAUUUAUGCCACAUCUUCUCCCACCUCAAAUGACCUGUCACUGAUGGCUGAUAUCAGCCAUAUUAUUUAAGCCAACAAAUCUACGCUGCCAAAGACUGCUUGUAAGCUAAAAGACGUCACUUUACUCAAUGACCGUCAGGGACAGACUACUGUUUGAGUUCAUUAUGUGCUGUUGAAGUCAGCAUGUUAUCUCGAAGAAUCAAAAAUCAAAAUUUUAGAUCAUAACUUAUCUGGAUAGUGAUAAAAGUUGCGGACAUUUAAGUCAAAUUAAUUAAUUAGACUAAUUGAAACUACUACUAGAAGCUAAAAAACUAAAAAAACCUGCUGAUCACACAUUAAAGCUGAAAUAUAAUUUCAUAAAGAGUUUGUUAUAUUUUAUUUGUAAAAAAAGAUAUUUAUAUCUGAGCAGAUUUGAUGAAAUGCUAAUAAAUCCUAACUCGACUCAUUUCUGCCUCUACUCUAAUGUCAUUGAAUUUGUCUGAAUAGUCUGCAGUGUCUUCCAUGCAUACAGUUUUUGUGUGUGUGUGUGUGUGUGUGUGUGUGUGUGUGUGUGUUUGCGUGUCUUUUGGAUCCUUCUAUUGUCUGUGGUGUCCCAAGGAGGCACUGUAAAAAUUAUAUUACUGUAACAAUUAGCAGUGAGGCUGCUUUGUUCUCAGAUGCCUUUGAAGGUGAUAUUAGGGAGUCUCUGAAACUGUGUAAGAAAAAAAAAAGAGAGAGGCCGAUCAUGUACUGAAGGAGGGCCGUGAUCCAGAAAACCUUUUAAAGACAAUAUUAGUCCCACACAAACCCACUGCACUGAACUUAGUGUGACACGACUGGGAUUUGGGAAGCUGACGCCAGCUUUCACUGAGCUACUUGUUGCUUGAUCCUUUUGUUUCUUUUCUUUGUUUUGUUUUGUUUUUUUUUUGCUUGCUGCAGUAUCUGCCCUUUCCCAAUGCAAAUCUCCUUGUUUUCCUUUUUCCAGGGUUUAUUGUCAUCCCAAAACCA